AUGGAACAUCUUCAGAAAGUCAACGGGGGUCUAGCGUUCCAGAAGCCGACGGGUGAGAAUCACGUUCUGGGUCACGUUCCAGGUGCUAUCUUAACAGCAAAAUCAUUUGAGAAACCAAAGUGUGUGAAAGAGUGGGUAGAGUUUCUUAGCCAUUUGAACGAUGACUCGAUGCAAUGGAUGUUUAGUUGGUUUCCGUCCGAGGUUUUGGUGUUUCGAACGAAGAUCGUACCAUUUUUGGUCUUGAUAGGACUUCGAGGUUUGCAGCCUUACGCCCCGCUGAGAGUUUUGAGACAAUCAGGGAGGAAGCAAAACACACCUUUAGUGGCAGAUAUGAAUCAUUACUAUGUUGACUACAAAGAAGGGAAAAUUCCUUUUGCAAAAGAGGUUAUUCGCAUGUGGAAAUUGAAAGAGACCACAAAAGCAGAUUCAGUUGAGCCAAAUAGAUACCAAGCUGGGUGCGAGGACAACUAUGUGGAAUGGCUGGCCGCUGAUUUGGAGGAAUCAAUCAAACCCGGUGUUAGUUUGAAAGAUCGGAUUAAGGAUGGGGAAGCCGAAGCAUGCAUAUUACUCCGACAAUUGCGUAAGAAAAGUCUUGCCGCUACUCUUCCCAACCUUCAAUCGGAGCUCGAAGCGGCAAAGGCCGAAAACCUUCGCUUGAAGGUCGAGUUGGCCGAUAUAGUAGAAAAGAACCGGCUCCUUGAAGCGGAUAAAGCCGGUAUUUACCGAGAUAAUGCCCAUUUUAUUUCGAGGCUUGGUGAACUCGAGGCAACUAUUUCCCAACUUCGAAGUGAACUUGACUCGGUCAAGGCCGAUGCCGUGAGGAUGGCAGAAAGGCAUCAGCAGCUUAAAUCCGAGAGUGUUAAUGACAAGGAGAAGUUGAGAGUGGUCGAACAGAAAGCCGAGACUCGAGCCCGAAUUAGUGACAAGCUCAAGAGCAAGCUCGAAGAGGCUGCAGAGGCUAAUAAUGUGCUUCAGGCCGAGCUUGAGUCAGCUAAUCAAAUUCAAAUAGUUCUUCUCGAAGAGAGAUCCAAACUAGAGACAAAAUUCAAAAAAGCCGAGGCCGACCUAGAAGAGACCCUUAAAGACGUGAAGACUGUCGAUGCUCGUUCUACGAUUCUGAUCGACUAUGAGCGGUGGAAAUCCCAGAGAGUUACCCUCGAACUGGUUAAAAAGGGUUAG